CAUCUUAUCUUGCGUAUGAUGAUUAUGGCAUUGUUAGUUCCUGUAACUAUGCCUAUCAAAUUCUAUUUUAAUCUUCUGUUUUUCAGCCAAAAAGAUACAGUUUUUAGGAUCAUACUAAUGGCACUGUAGUUCCUGUAAUUGUCUCUAAAAUUCUAUUUUGAUAUUCUGUUUUAAAGCCGAACGGAUACCAUUUUCAGAAUCACACCCUGUUUCUCUCAACAGAUCUAGUUCCUAUAAAAUACACAAUUUGUUUUAUCUUUGCAUGGUCUGGUCAUAAUCACUCAAGAACCAUACAUCUACAUUUGAAUUUUAAGGAGUACACUGCUUGGCCCGAAUUACCGUUGUUUUCAUUAUACCAGCAUUCCAUACAGGCUGGUCCAUUUCUCACUUAUAUACCAAUACAAUAAAUAAGUCUGGUUGCUUGAACCAUGGAUGAAUGUUGCACAAAGAUUACCACAUUGAGCAGUUCUAAUCAUUCAAUGGUCAGCUUGCAAGCUUUAGGUGGUCUAGGAGGUGGUAUAAUAGCUCUGAAGUACCCAGGGAUACUGUAUUGGGACUUUACAAAUGUGGAUGAAAUCCUACGCAUGGGGAAGAGUGCUUCAGCACCUGGAAUUUGGCUAAUGACUCAAUUGGCGGGGGCCAAAGUUGUGGCGACUGCUCUUUGCAGGGGAUCUGGGCUUGUGGGUGGUCUUUAUGCCCCAAGCUUGAUGAUUGGUGCUGCUCUUGGUGCCGUGUUUGGGGGUUCGGCUGCAGAAAUCAUCAAUUCAGCCAUCCCAGGAAAUGUUGCUGUUGCCCAGCCACAGGCCUACGCUCAGGUUGGGAUAGCUGCUACGUUAGCUUCAGUUUGUUCAGUUCCCUUGACAUCAGUGCUACUUCUGUUUGAGCUGACAAAGGAUUACAGAAUUUUGCUUGCACUCAUGGAGGACAGGUUUUUCAAUGAUCUGCCUACCACAUUACAUAAGAGUAAUGCAGGACUGCCCAUUUUUGGAGGUUUGUGUCCUUAUCUCACAUAUGAUGCUCUUGUGCAUCUUUGGAGGGACAUGUCUAAUUUUGUUUCGGAUCUGUCACACAAGAAAUGGUUACUAUAAGUGUGGAUGGUUCUGUACUUGAUCUCAUAUCCAAAAUUAUGUUGUAUCUUUGCUUGAAUCACCUGGGAAGUUUUUGAAGGAAAAGAAAAGGGAUAGAGAUGUAGAAGGUAUAUAUAUCAUAUCACCAAUAUAUCCCUUCUUCUCUUUAGUUAUGUAUAUAUUAUAUCACCAAUAUCACCCAUCAUCUCUAUAGUUCUGUAGUCUGUAUACAUUGCAGCACUUUAUCAAGUUUUUUGAUGUCAUGAGAAUAGCCUUAUCAGCCAUGAAACUAUGAAUACCCAGUAUCCAUAUGAGAAAGCAUUCUGAAUUUCAGGACUUGAUGAAAGUUUGUAAUUUUGCCAGGCAUUUUAAUGUGAAGUAUUGCUUUCUUACUUGCAGCCCCUUACUCUAACACCUUACUCAUGUGAACAUGUCUCAUGUUUGGGAAAUCCUGCUCAUUAGGAGGGCCUCACUGCCUCUCUAUGGAUGUAAUUAACCAUUUCCAUUAUAUAAAAAAAAAAGGUAGGUCGAAUGAUCCCAAUCCAACUGGUAGGGUUGUCCAAUGGGAUGUGAAUUUUGGGAUAUGGCCCAUCCAUGGUAGGACCUACUUGAAGGUUGGUACAGAUCUCAUUUACAUUU